UCUUGUUUUACAGAACACAGCGGUUACAUAAUAUAAAAACAUCGCCAUGCAGCUGCGGUCGCAACUUGGGUUCUGGGGCUGCUGUCUGGUGUUUUUGGUUUACUGCACCUUCCAGACCGGUUCGGUGCUGUCUCGAGGCGAUGCACCGAAUCAGAGGCUGUUCGGGGGUCCCGGGGCAGCGGUUCUGGUUCCGAGUUCCGACCCGGCGGUGCUGAAAGCGGCUCAAUUCGCGGAGGAUCGUUACAACUUGGGCUACAAUGGUGUUUAUCUGCGGAGGAUCAGCAAAAUCCUUUCAGCCACCAAGCAGGUGGUGAGUGGUGUGAAGUUCACUCUAGUGGUUGAACUGGGGAACACCUUCUGCAAGAAAUCCAAACCCUUCCACCUGGAGACCUGCGACUUCCACACGGAUCAGGACACUCUGAAGAAGGAGGUGUGUUUAUUUGAGAUCUGGGAGGUGCCGUGGGAAGACAAGGUGAAGCUGCUGAAGCAGAAAUGCCACCUGUCAGGAGCUUCCAAGGAGUCUAACAGACUAGGAGAGCAAGCCAAUUCCUCUCCACCCCCGAUGAACCAGCCCCAGAACAGCUCCUCUCUGCUGAUGAUGAUGUUCAAGGACUUUGUGUCGACGUACAGCAGGGAGUACCACAGCCAGGAGGAAGCCGAGAAGCGGUUCCAUAUUUUCGCAGAGAAUUUGGAAACGGCCCGAAAGAUCCAGGAUUUAGACCAGGGGUCUGCGGAGUACGGGGUGACCCAGUUCAGCGACCUGACAGAGGAGGAGUUCCGGACCCUUUAUCUGAACCCCCUCCUCAGCCGGUCCGAACCGCGGCCCAUGAGACAGGCAGCCGUGCCGCGGGACCCCCCUCCAGCGGAGUGGGACUGGAGAGACCAUGGAGCUGUGACCCCCGUCAAAGACCAGGGAAUGUGUGGGUCAUGCUGGGCUUUCUCCGUGACUGGGAAUAUCGAGGGGCAGUGGUACCUCAAGAAGGGAACGCUCCUGUCCCUGUCCGAGCAAGAGCUGGUGGACUGUGACCACCUGGACCAGGCCUGUGGAGGGGGGCUGCCUUCCAACGCGUACGAAGCCAUCGAGAAUCUGGGGGGCCUGGAGACAGAGACAGACUAUAACUACACCGGACACAAACAGUCUUGCGGGUUCACCAGAAACAAGGUGGAGGCUUACAUCAACAGCUCUGUGGAGAUCUCUAAAGAUGAGAGGGAUAUCGCCGCUUGGCUGGCGAAGAACGGGCCGGUGUCAGUCGCUCUCAACGCCUUCGCCAUGCAGUUCUACAGGAAAGGGGUGUCCCAUCCUCUCAAGAUCUUUUGUAAUCCCUGGAUGAUCGAUCACGCUGUGCUGCUGGUGGGAUACGGGGAGCGGAAAGGUAUCCCAUUCUGGGCUAUAAAGAAUAGCUGGGGAGAAAACUACGGGGAAAAGGGGUAUUACUACCUGUACCGGGGGUCUGGGCUGUGCGGAAUAAACAAGAUGUGUUCGUCUGCAAUCGUGAACUAGCGACUGCUGGAGCGAGGAGAAUCGACUGGGAUUCGAAUAUUAAGACCCCCUAUGCCCCCCCCUCCUCCAUACCCCCCCCCCGGAUCGGGGGGGGGGGGCUGAUUCCCCGUUCAGAGUGAAUUCAGAAACAGCUGCUUGGGUUUGUGUGGAUCGCUGCUUUUCUUAAAGACUCUGCGGAGGACAGCGACCCACACGAACCCAGAAUCCCGAUUCCGUUAGCAGCCUCGUGUGUUUGAGUGAAUUUAUUUAACAGUUUAUUUUAGUUUUCGAUGUGUUGUAGAUACAUGGGCGCUGUGUGUUAAUGCUGGCUCAGGCUCUGUGCUGUGUAAUCUCUUUGUUGAUGUGUUGUAGAUACAUGGGCGCCGUGUGUUAAUGCUGGCUCAGGCUCUGUGCUGUGUAAUCUCUUUGUUGAUGUGUUGUAGAUACAUGGGCGCUGUGUGUUAAUGCUGGCUCAGGCUCUGUGCUGUGUAAUCUCUUUGUUGAUGUGUUGUAGAUACAUGGGCGCUGUGUGUUAAUGCUGGCUCAGGCUCUGUGCUGUGUAAUCUCUUUGUUGAUGUGUUGUAGAUACAUGGGCGCUGUGUGUUAAUGCUGGCUCAGGCUCUGUGCUGUGUAAUCUCUUUGUUGAUGUGUUGUAGAUACAUGGGCGCUGUGUGUUAAUGCUGGCUCAGGCUCUGUGCUGUGUAAUCUCUUUGUUGAUGUGUUGUAGAUACAUGGGCGCUGUGUGUUAAUGCUGGCUCAGGCUCUGUGCUGUGUAAUCUCUUUGUUGAUGUGUUGUAGAUACAUGGGCGCUGUGUGUUAAUGCUGGCUCAGGCUCUGUGCUGUGUAAUCUCUUUGUUGAUGUGUUGUAGAUACAUGGGCGCUGUGUGUUAAUGCUGGCUCAGGCUCUGUGCUGUGUAAUCUCUUUGUUGAUGUGUUGUAGAUACAUGGGCGCUGUGUGUUAAUGCUGGCUCAGGCUCUGUGCUGUGUAAUCUCUUUGUUGAUGUGUUGUAGAUACAUGGGCGCUGUGUGUUAAUGCUGGCUCAGGCUCUGUGCUGUGUAAUCUCUUUGUUGAUGUGUUGUAGAUACAUGGGCGCUGUGUGUUAAUGCUGGCUCAGGCUCUGUGCUGUGUAAUCUCUUUGUUGAUGUGUUGUAGAUACAUGGGCGCUGUGUGUUAAUGCUGGCUCAGGCUCUGUGCUGUGUAAUCUCUUUGUUGUUAGCGGUGGUUUCAUCAGUUUUCUGCAGAGCCUCGUUCAUUCAUUCAUUCUCGACGUGCAGGUAGAAUCAUUCACAGCGAGACCUGACCUCUGUACCCUGGCCCAAACGAAGCAGGGGUGUCGAUAUUAAAAUAAAACAGAACGUGUUUUGUCUUCCA